AUAUUUACCGACUGUCAGCAGGGAGCGCUAUGGAGUCGUAACUCAAUGACGUGUGCAGUCGUUUCGUCAAGAGUACCGUGAGGUGUACGGUGAAGGGUCAGUGCCAGACGGACCUCAGCGAGUUGACCGCAACUCUGAAUUAUUCGAGUAUCGAGCUCGUAAUUUGACGGAAUAUACGGAUAUGCUGUUUAAUAGAGAAUCUUGACGAUUCUUGUGAUACUAUGCCAGAAUCUAAAUGCCAUUUGGGCAUUCAAGCAUCUCGAUCCGAAUGACACCUACAGCCAUCCUCAAUGCUUACCAAACACUGCGCCAACAUGCUUCACAGAAAUGGAUCUUUUUGUACGUUCCGUGGACCCCGUGAAAAGGAAUCGUUGAGUUUCUAGUGCCAUCCGAUCAUCUACUGCACUCUCCUCUUGUUCUGGUCUUCUCCGGAGCCUCCGCAACUGUAUAUUUGUUCUCUCCACCAGUCUGUUGGUGUUCGCUGGAACUUUAAAAACAGAGGUGGACAUCAUCACUAAUCCCAUCCUCACUCAAAAGGAUACGAGAAGACUGUUGGACAAUGGCAAGGCUUUUGUCUGUCACAGCAGUUUUGGCUGGAGUUCUUAUUGUAUCAAGGCUAUGCGCUGGAGCAGGUCAGAAUCCAGAUCACGUGCUGCUGGGCACAGGAGUCAAGCCUGGAUCAGACUCCAGAAGGUCUGGAGAUGAUUCUACUGUGGCACCAGAAGAUGCUGCUCGGUUCCUCAGCUGCCAUUGCUCAGGUCACUGCCCUGACAACGCCAAGAAUAACACUUGCGAGACAAAUGGGCAGUGCUUUGCUAUCAUUGAAGAAGAUGAAAAUGGAGAUAUGAUACUAAGCUCAGGCUGCAUGAAAUAUGAGGGCUCUCACUUUCAGUGCAAAGAUUCACAGUUUGCACAGACACGUCGAACUAUUGAAUGCUGCCAGUUCGACUUCUGCAAUCGAGACCUAAAGCCAGAGUUACCUGCUCGAGAGUUAGCAGCACCAGACCCUCACUGGCUGGCCUUUCUCAUUUCAGUCACCGUAUGCUGCUGCACCCUCAUCUGCGUCAGUGUCAUCUGUUAUUACAGGUACAAGUGGCAGACAGAGAGGCAGCGCUACCACAGAGACCUGGAGCAAGAUCAGGCUUUUAUCCCAGCAGGAGAAUCACUGAAGGAUCUCAUCAACCAGUCUCAAACGUCAGGCAGUGGCUCUGGGCUCCCUCUGCUGGUACAGCGCACCAUAGCGAAGCAGAUCCAGACAGUGCGUCUCAUUGGUAAAGGGCGAUAUGGAGAGGUGUGGCUGAGUCGAUGGAGGGGAGAGAAAGUAGCUGUGAAAGUGUUUUUCACUAGAGAGGAGGCUAGCUGGUUUAGAGAGACCGAGAUCUACCAGACCGUGCUCAUGAGACACGAGAACAUACUAGGCUUCAUUGCUGCUGACAUUAAUGGUACUGGAGCAUCUACACAGCUGUAUCUGAUCACAGACUAUCAUGAGAACGGCUCUCUGUACGAUUAUUUGAAGUUCACCACUCUGGAUACACAGGCCCUGCUGAGACUGGCCUACUCUGCAGCCUGCGGCCUGUGUCACCUGCACACAGAGAUCUACGGCACACAGGGAAAACCUGCCAUCGCUCACAGAGACCUGAAGAGCAAGAACAUCCUCAUCAAGAAAAACGGCACUUGUUGUAUUGCCGACCUAGGCCUUGCUGUCAAAUUUAACAGUGACACUAAUGAAGUGGACGUCCCGCUGAGUACACGAAUGGGAACCCGACGCUAUAUGGCUCCAGAAGUCCUGGAUGAGACUUUGAAUAAGAACCACUUCCAGGCCUACAUCACGGCCGACAUCUACAGCUAUGGGCUGGUUAUAUGGGAAAUGGCCAGACGCUGUGUUACUGGAGGUAUUGUUGAGGAGUAUCAGCUACCAUAUUAUGAAAUGGUGCCAUCAGACCCAUCUUACGAGGAAAUGCUGGAGGUAGUGUGUGUUAAAGGAUUGCGGCCAACUGUGUCCAACAGAUGGAACAGUGAUGAGUGCUUGAGGGCCAUGUUGAAGCUGAUGUCAGAAUGCUGGGCCCAUAAUCCUGCAUCACGGCUGACCAUUUUGAGAGUCAAGAAGACUUUAGCAAAAAUGGUGGAAUCUCAAGACAUUAAAAUCUGAUCCAUCUUU